AGGGAGUUUGCUUAAAAGGAGAAGCCCGCAGAUGAGUUCUAGAAAACACGCAUCAUGUGAUGAGAAAUGUCACCAGACUGCCUCGACAAAACCUGAAUCAGAAUCAUCCUGACUGAAAGUUCUCGCUGCAGCUUUGUUCCUGGACCCAGCGACCGCUGCAUUGCAUGCGGGGGAAUGCUCUGACUGCUCUGUCUGGGUCGAUCAAGACUGAGCUGAAAGCGAAAGGAAAGAGGGUUCUCGAGAAGGCUGCCUGCCGUCAGACGCCAGACGAACCGCAGCGGGAGGAAGGGGCCCCUGGUCAGACAGCACAGAUAAGUAAAAACCAGAUAAAGGUCGAUUUGGUGGAUGAGAACUUCACAGAGCUCCGGGGAGAGAUAGCGGGUCCUCCUGACACUCCAUAUGAAGGUGGCAGAUUUCAACUUGAAAUAAAAAUUCCUGAAACCUAUCCUUUUAAUCCUCCCAAGGUACGAUUCAUCACCAAGAUCUGGCACCCAAACAUCAGCUCUGUGACUGGAGCCAUAUGCCUGGAUAUUUUAAAAGAUCAGUGGGCCGCCGCCAUGACCCUGCGCACGGUGCUGUUGUCGCUCCAGGCCUUACUUGCCGCAGCCGAACCAGACGACCCGCAAGACGCCGUUGUAGCGAACCAGUAUAAACAGAACCCGGAAAUGUUCAAACAGACGGCACGGUUUUGGUCUCACAUCUACGCAGGAGCUGCCGUCUACAGUCCAGAUUACACCUGCAAAAUAGAAAAACUCUGUGCCAUGGGAUUUGAUAAGAAUGCAGUUAUAGUGGCCUUGUCUUCAAAAUCCUGGGAUGUAGAAACGGCUACGGAGCAGCUACUUAGCAACUGAGUCUCUGCCAAAUGUGAGGAUUCCAAACAUUCUGCUUCAUCAUCACCCCCCACCUUGUCCCAUUCAUCACGGAAUCCCAAGCCCACAAACUCAUGAGCUGCUGAGUGAGCAUGACUCCUACUCCAUCACGUCCCUCAGUCUGAGGCGCUUCUCCUGUUCUCUGCCCUCCAAGACUGCAGCGACGGGAAUCUUCAGAGUGAGACGAGGAAGUCAAAUCCAUGGCAGCUCUCGCUCCUUCAGCGAUGGCUCACAACAAUUGUCUCUUCAGACUCUCAACACUUGACUGGAUCGUUUUCUGCAUGAUCUGUGUAAAAUAUCGACGCUUCAAUCAUCUGCAGAGGUUUGCUGGAUCGCCACGUCUGUAAAUAUGGCCAACUGUACAUUUUGGAAGGACAAUGAGAUGCUUUCUUAUCGAAAUGACGUGAGAAGGUUUGGAUCAUGAAAUACGUCUUGCUGAGUAACACACGGUUGCAUUUACUUUAUACUUUGUAAGAAAACCUUUGUUUUUGAAGCCUUCUUGCACAGACAUUUUAAUCUUUUACUGAAUGUUUGUUGCUUUAUUUAAUUUGGGCCCCACAGCUUGAUGACUUCAACCCCUUUCCAGUUUGCCGGUUGAUAUAUUUUUCUAGAUCAUUGGUGUCCAGAUGUUGGAUUUCAGUGACGCUGCAAUAUCUUAUCAUCCAAACUUGCUUUACUGCUCGGCCAAAUCAAACUCUGAUUUUGGAGUGGAGGCUGAAACCCUGCAUGACAUGUUUUCAUUCAACAUAUCAAAGAUGUACUGUAAUCUAGGCGACACUUGAUGACAUCACACCGUUUCCUUGUAAAUAGGGAUUUGAUGAAGAGCCAUGUUCUCACUUAAGAGUGCACCGUUGGCAGGAUCUAUAUUUUGUAAGAAAAGGAAAGUGUAGAAACCGUUUUGCACGAUGAUGAAGCAGAAAUGAACGGUCUCUUGCAUUUCUGUCGGAUUGAGAUUUAUAUUCUUGUUUCAGUGGAAACAAGCAUCACCUGUAUAAAAAGCAUGGUUAUUUAUUGUGACACCGUCAUGUUUGAUUAAAAAUCUUAA